GUAUUUUUUUAAAUAUAUUUUAUUUGUCGAAAUAUUUCUUUUAAAUAAACAAUAAACACAAUGGUUGAAAUAAUGUCCGAAUAUUUUCGAUGGUUGGAUGUAGCAUUUUUAGUGUUGACAUUAUGUAUAUCGUUGGGUGUUGGAUUGUAUUUGGGAUGUUUUGGUUCCAAACAGAAAACGGUUAAUGAAUAUGUUUAUGGGAACCGAGAGAUAAGUGUAUUACCGAUUGCAGUAUCAAUUGCUUUAAGUUUAAUAUCUGGUGUCACAAUGCUGGCAGUGCCAGCGGAAAUUUAUUCAUAUGGAUUUCAAAUAGCCAUGAUGAAUUUAGGAUUCUUUUUUGUAUAUUUAUUUACCUCUUAUGUAUUAUUACCCGUAUAUUUCUCAAUGGGUACUUCGUCUGGCUUUAUGUAUUUGGAGAAACGUUUUAAUAAAAGUGUACGAAUAAUUACAUCGGUAAUAUUUAUUAUUCAAGCAUUAUUACAAAUGCCUGUUACGAUGUAUGUGCCAGCAUUAGCUUUUAAUCAAGUAACUGGGAUUAAUGUGCAUGUUAUCAAUUCGAUUGCAUCAGCUAUAUGCAUAACUUACACGACCUUGGGUGGCUUAAAAGGUGUUGUGUGGACGGAUAUGAUUCAAGUAGUAAUGGUAGUCGCAGCCUGUUUCUCGGUUAUGAUUGUUGGUUUUGUAAACGUUGGAUGGGAUAAUGUUUGGCAACGAGCUGAUGAAGGUGGGCGAUUAAAUAUUUGGAAUUUGAAUCCAAGUCCAUUUAUAAGAAAUUCAUUAUGGCUUGCCAUAAUUGGAAAUACAUUCCAUUGGAUAGCAAAAAUUCCAAUCGAUCAAAGUAACAUACAAAAAUUUAAAUCAGUUCGAACAUUAAAACAAGCUAGAAGUGUUUUAGCUAUCAUGUGUAUAAUAACGACCAUGUUAACGUUUUCGGCAUGUUUAUUGGGCAUUGUUUUGUAUGCAAAUUAUUGGAAAUGUGAUCCGAUCAGUGAAGGAAGAGUCAGCAAAUCUGAUCAAAUGGUACCAUUAUUUGUAACAGAAACAAUGGGACAUAUAAUGGGUAUUACUGGUAUUUUUAUGGCUGGAUUAUUUAGUGCUGCAUUGAGUACAUCUUCAGCAAAAUUGAAUACAAUCGGUGCAACAGUUUAUAAUGAUUUUAUUGUAAAUUAUUUGGGAUAUGAAUUAUCUGAUUUAAAAGCUGGAUUAAUUAUGAAAGGAACUGUUUUAAUUAGCGGAGUUAUUGCAUGGAGUUUGGUGUUUGUAAUUGAACAUUUAGGGGAAAUUUUACAAAUUAAUUAUUUAAUGGAUGGAAUCACGGAAGGUGCUUUAUUAGGAUUAUUUAUACUUGGUACAUUAUUUCCCAAAUGUAAUACGAAGGGUGCUAUUUCAGGAGCAGCGGCUAGCGUUAUUGGAAUGGCUGUCAUAUGUAUUGGAGCACAAAAUGCAAUUUCUCAAGGAUAUAAUAAUAAUUUCAAAUUACCAAUAAGCACGGAAGAGUGUCCGAAUCCUAAUUUGGACUUUUUCGAAUUAAAUUCUUCAUACGUUCAUACGGCGCAAGCUCAAGAAGAUAUUCACGAACCAUUCAUCUUAUUUAGAUUUUCAUAUUUAAGUUAUACCGUACUUGGUACAUUUAUUUCAGUAUUUGUAGGUUUAAUUGUAAGUUAUUUGACAUAUAAUGAAGAAGAAUCAAAGAAGGUGGAUCGUAAUUUAUUAUGUCCGAUUGUACAUAAAUAUGUUAAGACUAAUAAUAGUGAACACCAACAACAGAAUGAUAUUAUUGAUAUGAAAAUAACAAAAAUAUAG